GGCCAACUGUCAACGAUCGGGCUUGUUUUGAUUGAGAUUUACUUCAAUGUCUUCAAUCACUUCAUUCACUCCUCAGGUUCCUUCCUUCCUCCUUCUAACUCACUCCAAUCAGUACAUAGGGUUACGAUUAUUUAUGUUUAUAGACUCCAAUUAUGUCGGGGAAAAAAUGUCUUGGAAGCCAGGCCAAAGAAAUCAUUUUUAAAGUAUUCCACCAUAUAAAAAAAGAAAAAGAAACUGGCAUUAUAAAUCUUACAGAUGCUAUGUGGCGAACUUCACAAGCUGUUGGUUAUAGUGAAUGCAUUAUAACCAGUAUAUUAAAUGAAAAACAACAAGAUGGUGAAUGUACAUCAACCGACACAACAGAGGAAACUACAAUGACACCAACAAAUGAUAUAAAUUCACAGACCAAAGAAAUAAUUGCUAGGGUGUAUCACCAGAUGAAAAUAGAAGCAGAAAUUGAAAAUGUUAGAAAUCUUACAAAUGCUAAGAGCCCUAGCAGGCGAACUGCACAAGCUGUUGGUUACAGUCAACGAACUGUAUUCAAAAUACUAAAAGAAGAACGACAAGCUUGUGCAAACACAUCCUUUGUGGAGCCAGACACAAAAUCGAGAUUCAAGCCACCAUCAAAAAGAAAACGUGUUUGCCCAAAAUCAACAUUGGACAACUACGACCUAUCUUUGCUUCGAAAAACAAUUAUUUCAUACCAGACCAAAAAUCAUGAAAUGCCUACAUUAAAAGAACUUAAGGAAAUUGUAUCAGAAAAAAACUGGUUUCAAUGGCUGUAAAGAAACCUUGCGAAAAAUUUUGUAUGAUUCAGGUUUUGAAUGGUCUACAACUGAUAAUCACAAAUUACUUGUUGAAAGGCAUGAUAUUCAAAUGUUGCGAUUCAGAUAUCUUAAAGAGCUGCAAAAAUAUCGAGACGAAGGUAGAUACAUUGUAUUUACUGACAACUACUAUGUCGACACAGCAUCCACACAGAAAAAAUGGAAAAAAGAAAAUGGAAUGCGGAUUAUAAUUGUUCAUGCUGGUGGAUGUCAAGGGUUUGUCCCAAAUGCCUGCUUAAUAUAUGAGACGAACUCAACAAGUGAUGAUAGUAUGAGUUUCAACAAUUAUAAGCAAUGGCUUACAAAUCAGCUAAUGCCUAAUCUGCCAAAAAAUGCUGCCAUUGUCAUGAAUAAUCAAAAUUGUGUAUUUGAAAAUUGUCCUGAUCCUAAUUCAAGUAAAAGCUUUAUGCAUGUAUGGUUGACUGAACGAAAUAUUGAGUAUGAAGAAACAAUGAAUAAAGUAGAACUGUAUGAUUUAAUAUUAAAAGGCAAAGGAACAUUUAAAAGUCACACUAUUGAAGAACUAGUUAGGUCAAAGGGUUUUCAAGUUCUAAGGUUACCUCCUCAUCACCCUGAACUGAACCCAAUGGAACAUAUUUGGAGAGUAUUAAAAAAGGAUGUGGUUUUAAAGAAUGUGGAGCAAGAAUUGACAUCUAAUCUGAAUCUAAUAAAAGAACGCAUUGAAAUGAUUGAUAGUACUUUGUGGGAAUACGCAUGCCAGCAAGUUGUAGACGCGGAAAAGCAAUACCUGAAAUAUUUUGAUGACAGACUUUAAAUUUAAUCUUGAGCUCCCAGCUCCCACCGCAAAAUGUAUGAAAAGUCAAAAACGCAUGGGAGUUGGGGGUAAAUGUUCAUUUAUUUAUCAACAUGUAAUGUCUAAAUAACGUGAUUUUUUUUGCAGUCCAUGUCAAAGAAAUGUUAACACUUUUUACACCUGCAUCUUUUGUAAGACCACGGACUGGGCACAAGCGGCGGGCAUCAAAUCAAAACUGUUCAUACAUUUGCUGCAUUUGGUCGAGCGCAAUGUAUGGGCUCGCCGCGCCGCGCGCUGCUUGCGCCCAGUUCACGCUAUCUUUUAAAGUACCUAGACGGUACGUACUGGUGCAUAAUGCAGGAUUUACACGAGGCCGAUUACCGAUACAAUCCAUCAAAGCCAAUCUAACAUUUGUAUCGACUAAAUAAAGACAAAUGUAUUUGUAA